AUGCAAUCCCCUGUUUCAGCUCUUGGGGCCAAGGUGCCCAACCAGAGGCUUGGUGGGGAUUUUCGUUUCAGUGUCUGCUCUUGUGGGCUUCUGGCGGAUGAGUCAUAUGGGUCUCACAUCGUGGUUGCUCAGCUUGGGGUUGGUGUCAUUGAUAAUCCGGUCCACUCGUUCCCUAAUAUAAGAAAGAAGUUCUCCUUGCUGGGGCUUUACAGCCUGUCAUGGGACGAAGGCAUUUCUAAUUUUUGGAGGAUUCUUAUCAUCUUUGUGUGUUCUCAACUGUUAUUGCCACAAGCUGCUGUGAACAAUGAUUUCCUUCUUUCAGAGAUUCUAAAUUUUUUGUUUGAUGAUAGCUCCUGCUGUUGGGAGAGCCAAAGGGAGGCAGCUUUGCUACAAGGGAUUCAGCAUGCUCAAUCAUAUAAUGUUCAGAAGCUGUGGAUUGAAUGCGACUCAGUGGCUGUUGUUAUCCUCCUUUUGCAAGGUUUAAUCCCCUGGUUUCUUCUUCAAAGAUGGAGAAAUCUCGGUUCUUAUCUUCUCAGCAUCCAAUGGAAGAUUACCUAUUGCCACCGUGAAGUCAACACUAUUGUAGACUACCUAUCGAAGUCUGUUGCGAAGUAUGAUGAAUCUAAGCCUGAUCAUUUCUUUAAGGCAUUUAUCCUGCUGAUGGCAAUGCCGAAGGUGUACAUUGUACAGAGAGGUGCUGUCAGACCUUUGAUUGAGAUGCUUGAGUCUCCAGAUAUUUCACCUCAAAGAAAUGGCAAGGAGGCGCCCCAAACUCCACACAGAUGGAAGGACACUCUGAGAGCUAUAGGAGAUAAGAGUGGAUGGGUUUUUGACAACGGGGAUGUAUCAGAGUUGGUCAAGUUAGUUGUUCAAAGAGCUUGGAUCCGACUGAAUAUGGUUCCCUUGACUGGUGUGAAACACCCAGUUGGAUUACAAUCCCGUAUUGAUUAUGUAUUAUCUCUGCUAUCAAAAAAAAGUUCUUCAGAUGUUCAGUUUCUGGUGAUAAGUGGUCUAGGUGGCAUUGGGAAGACAACAAUUGCGACAGCCAUAUACAACUGCAUCUUUGAAAACUUUAGUAAGAGUUGUUUUCUUGAAGACAUUAGAGAGCAAGCAUCACAACCCAAUGUGAUAGGGAAUGAAAUAGUUGAAGGUCUCUUCCUUGGCUUUAAUUCAAAUGGAAACACUUGUUUACAUACCAAAGGCUUUGAGAAGAUGUCCAGGCCAAGAUUGCUAGAAAUUGAUGGAGCAAUCAUGGAGGGGAGCUUUUCUUGUCUUCCUUAUGCGUUAAGAUGGCUUAGAUGGAGGAAAUGUCCAUUGGAAAAUCUAUUUGCCAAUUUUUAUCAUGAAGAAUUAGUUAUUUUUGAUUUACCUUAUGGUUUGUUUAGACAAGCUUGGAAUAACUGGCCUGAAAAUAAGGUGUUUCAACAAUUGAAAAUUCUUAAACUCAGUUGUUGUUUGUCUCUAACUGAGUCUCCCAACUUCUUAGGAUUUCCUCACUUGGAGAGGUUGAGUUCUAUUCAAAGGCUGAUUUUUACUCUUUUCAUCUCAUUCACAGAGUUGCCUGGGUCCAUUGGUGAUCUGAAAGAAUCUUUGGUUGAGCUUUUCUUGGAUAAAACAAAUAUUAAAGUGCUGCCCGAUGGUGUUAGAUUGUCAAAGAAAAUGGAGGUAUUGGAUCUUUCACUCUGCUAUGGGCUUGUGGAUCUGCCAGAGUCAUUAGAAGCUUUGACAUCUUUGCGUUACAUUGACCACUUAGUGGAUGUGACAAGCUUCGACAUUUGUAGAUAUGAUGUUGAAUCUACAAGCUAUUAUGUGUUUAUCAACUUCAUAGGUGAAGAUACCCGCAAUACCUUCGUUGGCCACCUUUACAGUACUCUUAAGGAUCAUGGAAUUCAUGCUUUCAUGGACAGCAAAGAUUUGUGGAAAGGAGAAGAUAUUGGGCCAGAACUUCUAAGAGCAAUAAAAGUCUCCAACCUCUCGAUUGCUGUCUUCUCUGAAAGAUAUACAGAAAGCAAAUGGUGCCUUGAGGAGCUCUCUCAGAUGCUAGAAUGUCAUAGAACCAAUAAUCAAAUCAUUUUCCCCAUCUUCUUCAAGGUUAAGACUUCGGACGUUAAGAAUCAAACUGGAUGUUUAGAGAUUUCUCCUCAGAGACAUAGCAAGGAGGUGCCAGAAACUCUACAGAGAUGGAAGGACGCUUUACAAGUGGUAGGAGAUAAGAGUGGAUGGGUUUUUGAGGACAGUGAUAAUCAAUCGGAGUUAGUCAAGGAAGUUGUUCAAAAUGUUUUGAACCGAUUAAAUGUGGUCCCCUUGGAUGAACUUAAACUCCCUGUUGGAUUAGAAUCCUGUGUAAAACCUGUGUUAUCUCUACUAUCAAAUAGCAGUUCUAAGGAUGUUCAAUUUCUAGGGAUAUGUAGUCCGGGUGGCAUUGGGAAGACAACCACUGCAGUAGCUGUAUAUAACCUCAUCUUUAGAAACUUUAGUAAGAGUUUUUUUUUUUUUUUUGAAAACAUUAGAGGGGGAGCAUCACAAUCCAAUGGUAUUGUUUCUUUGCAAAAAACACUACUUGAAAGGAUCUGUGGGGAGGAAAUAAAAAUAUCCAGUUCUAGAGAAGGAUCAAGUUUGAUAAAGAAAAGACUUGGAAAAACAGAUACUCUUCUCAUUCUUGGUGAUGUGAGCAAUCAUACCCAAUUAAAAGCAUUGGCGGGUGAUCUCAGUUGGUUUGGUCCGGAAAAUAAAAUAAUCAUAACAACUAGAGAUCAUAGCCUUCUAAUGGGAGUUCCUGGAGAUAAGAGAAAUAUAUACGAGCCUCAAGAAUUGAAUGAGGAAGAAAGUCUUCGACUCUUCAGUAAAUAUGCAUUUUCAGCUGAACAACCUCCUAAUGAUUAUAUGCAGCACUCAAUUGAUAUAGUAAGCACCACGGGAGGGUUGCUCUCAACCUUAGAGGUUUUAAGUUCUAAUUUAUCUAUCAACAAAGACAAAGAAAUAUGGAAAAGCAUGCAUCGGUUGUUGGAACAAAUUCCUCAUGAUAAUGUCUAUGGAAAGUUAAAGAUAAGUUAUGAUAAUCUGCAAAAUGAUAUUGAGAAAGCCAUGUUUCUCAAUGUUGCAUGCUUUUUUGCAAGACGGGAGGUAGAAAACGUAAUUUCCAUAUGGGAAGCUUGUGGCAUUGAAGAACCAAGAUGUCGUAUAGAAGUUCUUAAGAGAAAAUCCCUCCUAAAGAUUAAUAAAUCGGAAGAGUUGUGGAUGCACGACCAGAUUCAAAGCAUGGGAAGGGCAAUUGUCAACAACCAAAGUCCUAUGGAACCUGGUAGGAGAAGCAGGCUAUGGUCCCGUGACGUAAUCAUGAAGGUAUUAAUAGGUGGUAAGAUGAAUGAAAUGGUUGAAGGUAUCCAACUUAGUUUCAGUUCAACAGAAAACACUUGUUUACAUACACAUGGCUUUGAGAAAAUGCCCAGACUAAAAUUACUACAAGUUGAUGGCGCAACCUUGGAGGGGAGCUUUCAAUGUCUUCCUUCUGGGUUAAGUUGGCUUGGAUGGCGAAGACGCCCAUUCGAUGAAAUACCUGCUGAAUUUUAUCAUGGAGAAUUAGUUAUGCUUGAUUUAAGUGGUGGACAAUUUAAACAAGCUUGGAAUAGCUGGCUUGAAAAUAAAUCGUUUCAACAAUUGAAAGUUCUUAAACUUAGUAGAUGUUCAUCUCUAAUUGAGUCCCUGGACUUCUCGGGAUUUCCUCGCUUAGAGAGGUUAUAUUUUGAUUAUUGCACAAAGUUGGUUACUCUACACGAAUCCAUUGGACAACUCCAACAUCUAAUUCAGUUGGACUUGAGGCUGAGUUCUCUUCAGAGUCUCAUUCUCACUAGUUACGAGUCACACGGAGAGUUAAAUCUACCUGAUGGAGUUGGAUUGUUAAAGUUGAAGGCUAGUGGUGGAUCUGUCAAGGUCACUGGAAAAUAUGACAUCUUUGCAUUACAUUCAAUUUAG